CUAUAAAAAGAUGCUUCGGAUCUCAGUCUCACAACUCACAAGACAGUUUCAGAAAAUAAAAAAACAUCAGAUUAAAAAAAUGAGCAUCGUUCGUGUUGAACAGCUGACUGCAGCUGCUUUGUGCUUUGCAGUGGUUAUUGUGCUAAUUGGAGCACCAACCUUCUCCGAUGCUCAGCUAGAUCCCUUGUUUUACAAUAAAACUUGUCCAAAUCUUCGUCCAAUUGUGCGUGGAGUGAUCUUAAAUGCUUCAAAUUCAGAUCGGCGUAUUUUCGCAAGUCUCAUCAGACUCCACUUUCAUGAUUGCUUCGUUCAAGGUUGUGAUGCAUCAAUUUUGCUGAUCGAUACCUCUACCAUUGUGAGCGAACAAGGAGCUUUUCCAAACAACAACUCCAUUAGAGGUUUGGAUGUUGUGAACAAUAUCAAGGCAGCGGUGGAGAAGGCUUGUCCUAACACUGUUUCUUGUGCUGAUAUUCUUGCUCUUGCAGCUGGAAUAUCUUCUGUUUGGUCUAAUGGUACUACUCCUUGGGUAGUUCCAAUGGGAAGAAGGGACAGUUUAAAUGCAAACAGAACCCUUGCUAACCAAAAUCUUCCAGCUCCCUCUUUCAAUCUAAGUCAGCUGACUGCCUCAUUUGCUGCUCAAGGCCUCGGCAUUAAUAAUCUAGUUGCACUCUCAGGUGCUCAUUCAAUUGGCAGAGGACGAUGCCAAUUUAUUGUUGACCGAUUAUACAAUUUUAGCAAUACCGGAAAGCCUGAUCCAACUCUCAACACGAACUAUUUACAAACAUUGAGAUCAAUAUGUCCUAACGGUGGAGAUGGUACCAAACUGGUCAACAUGGAACCAACCACUCCUAAUAGAUUAGACAACCAAUUCUACACCAAUCUUCGGGCUGGCAAGGGCUUUUUCCAGAGUGACCAAGAGUUGUUUAACACAAGUGGAGCAGCUACCAAAGACAUUGUUAAUAGAUUCACCAGUAACCAAACUCUUUUCUUAGAAAGCUUUAAGGCUUCAAUGAUAAAAAUGAGCAAGAUUGGAGUGUUAACAGGAUCUCAAGGAGAAAUUAGAAAACAAUGUAACUUUGUUAAUGGAAAUUCUGGACUAGCUACUGUGGGCACCCAAGAAUCAGCAGAAGAUGGCAUGGAUAGCUCAAUCUAAUAAGGAACUAGAUGGAAAAUGCAGAGAUUAAGAGGUACCAAAUAAAGAGUUCAGUAGCGAGGCACAUACCUGCCAUGUAUGUUCCUGUUGAUAUGUUUGUACUCUGUACACUAUGUUCACAUAUCACUCUGUUUAAUUUGUAAGAUUUGUUUUCCUA